AUGAAAUGUAGUGGGAAAGUAGGAUAUUUUUUGAACCUAAAAAAGGAAUAUGGAGAGAGAGCAACUAUUCUGUUAAGGGCUAUGGAGGAAGAAAAGACAGCUCAAGGGGCAUUCGUAACAGAUUUUGUAAAAGUGGAUUUUCUCAAUUUGACGAAAAUUCUCUUGCAUAUGAUAAAUACAAAUAAGGUGAAAACAAGUUUCGAUGGUUUGUAUGUAGACAAGGAUUAUGAAAAAUUGCUUACUCAUUUCGGCACACCGGAAAAUGGAAAGGAACCGAUUCGACAAGGAGAAAAACAAAGCGAAAGUGAAAAUCGAAGCGAAAACCAAAAUCGAAGCGAAAACCAAAAUCAAAGAGAAAAACAAAACCAAAGCGAAAAACAAAACCAAAGAGAAAAACAAAACCAAAGCGAAAAACAAAACCAAAGAGAAAAACAAAACCGAAGCGAAAACCAAAAUCAAAGAGAAAACCAAAACCAAAAUGAAAAUCAUAACCAAAAUGAAAAUCAUAACGAAAACCAAAACGAUUUCGCCCACGCAACUAUCAGGGGGAGUGAAAAAGGAAAUUAUUCCCGAGAUGCCAAAUUUGACGAACUACUGACGAAUGUGCAUGAACAACAAAAGGAUGCCCAUAAAUUGGAUACACUUCUAAAUGAACAAUUUGUCCAAGGGAAAAAUUUCACUACUGCCAAAAAAGAACAGAAUGAUAACCUACCUUCAUCAUUGGAUGUAGCAGUGUCACCAAGGAUAACCUCGCUCACAAGUGAAAAGUACGAAAAAAUAAUUAUACACAAAUCAGAACUGAUAAAUGUAAAUGACAUAGUAAAGCAUAAUGGAGAAGUUGAAGAUAUAAGUAAGAUUAUAUAUUAUUUAAACCCGUGUUCUGUUUUAUCAGCAUAUUUCUUAAAUAUACAAAAAAAUGAAAAUAUACUUGAUAUGUGUGCAGCCCCGGGGGGAAAAUCGCUAGUUAUUGCAAAUAAAAUAUUUGGUUAUGAUACAUAUGCACUAAAUAGAAUUAGAAAUGUUAAAUGGAUAAACGAUACAAGUGUCCAAAUCACAUGCUGUUUAAACAUGGUUAAUUAUUACGCAAGGAAUACACAAGGUUUUUUUGUCGUUAACGAAAUUAACAAAACACGGUACGAUAGAUUGAAACAAGUAUUAUUCAAACAUUUACCUAAAGAUUUAUUGACAUCUAAUAAUUUACACAUAACAAAUUACAAUGGAUUAAAUUUAAAUUCAUUUAUGAGAUUUCCAAAAUUUCAUAAAAUUUUGUUAGACGUUCCAUGUUCAACUGACGAACAUUUAAUGAAAAAAAAAAAUAUAGAUUUAUUAAACAAAUGGACUAGUAAUGUUAUAAAAAAUAACGCAAAUAUACAAUUUGAAUUACUUAAUAAUUGUUUUCAGUUGUUGCACACAAAUGGAAUUCUUAUUUAUUCAACAUGUGCCAUUUCCCACUAUGAGAACGAUCAUGUGAUUGAAAGGUUUUUAAAAAAAUAUAAAAACAGCGUAAAAAUUGUAGAUUUUAUACAGGAAGAGUAUCAAAAAAGGUAUUCUCUCCUCCAUCACGACAAUAACAUAGAUUCCAAUUUUUUUGAAGAACAAUUCUUCCCAAAUGAACAUAUGCAACAAGUACAGCCACUUACCCAUCAUACGAAAAACAGCAAAGAGCAGGAUAAUAAACACAAUACAGAGGAAUUAUUUCGAACGGGUGGAGACUACUCCACUAAUCAGAUCCCUCACAUACCACCCCAAAGGGAAGCAAAUAUGCACUUCCUAACCUUUUUCGAAAAAACCAAAUAUGGAUAUAUUUCCUUGCCAGAUAGGUCCCCCUUUGGGAUUUUAUACAUUUGCAAAAUUCAGAAAAUUUGA